GUCUGUCUAGCUCGCCUCCCGCACCAAUCCGAACCAGCAACACCAACUAGACAAGGUCCGGCCCUCGGGGCGCUUUAUACUGCGCGUUCAUCUCCCCUUAUCUUGCGCACCCCCUCGCCGGCUUCGGAGCUGAGAUCUCCCACUUGGUACUUACCUGCCGAGCUGCUGCCUCUUUCUCUGAUUUCAGCUGAUACUUCUGGAUCAGAGAGGAGUACAAUUGAGGGAAGGAAUCAUGAGCUGUUUCGGUUGUUGUCAAGAAGAGGAUGUCCAUAAAGCUGCUGAAAGUGGAGGUCCAUACAUGAUCAAACCUUCAGCAGGAAACGGUGGAGGUUAUUAUUCAUCAGAUACUGCUCCCAAGGGUCCACAAACUGUGAAAGUUCAGCCCAUUGAAGUUCCUGAGAUACCAGUGGAUGAACUAAAGGAAAUUACAGAUAACUUUGGUACUACUGCAUUAAUUGGAGAGGGCUCUUAUGGAAGAGUAUAUCAUGGGGUUCUUAAAAGUGAGCAGCCUGCAGCAAUCAAAAAGUUAGAUGCCAGCAAACAACCUGACGAGGAAUUUUUAGCCCAGGUUUCUAUGGUCUCAAGGCUGAAGCAUGAAAAUUUUGUUCAAAUGCUUGGUUACUGUAUUGAUGGGAAUUCCCGUAUUCUUGCCUAUGAGUUUGCAUCUAAUGGAUCUCUUCAUGAUAUUCUACACGGGAGGAAGGGGGUCAAAGGAGCACAACCUGGUCCUGUUCUUUCAUGGGCACAACGCGUAAAAAUUGCUGUGGGGGCUGCGAAAGGGCUUGAUUACUUGCAUGAGAAGGCCAAUCCUCACAUCAUCCAUCGUGACAUCAAGUCCAGCAAUGUACUAAUCUUUGAUGAUGGUGUUGCUAAGAUUGCAGACUUUGAUUUAUCAAAUCAAGCUCCUGAUAUGGCUGCACGUCUUCACUCCACUCGUGUUCUUGGAACCUUCGGUUAUCAUGCACCUGAGUAUGCCAUGACUGGACAGUUGAAUUCCAAGAGUGAUGUGUACAGCUUUGGUGUUGUCCUGCUUGAACUUCUGACAGGGCGAAAGCCUGUUGAUCAUACCUUGCCACGUGGACAGCAGAGUUUAGUCACAUGGGCUACACCAAAACUUAGUGAAGACAAGGUUAAGCAGUGUGUUGAUACAAGACUUAACGGAGAUUACCCUCCUAAGGCAGUUGCAAAGAUGGCUGCUGUUGCUGCCUUGUGCGUGCAAUAUGAGGCUGACUUCCGGCCAAACAUGAGCAUUGUAGUCAAAGCCCUCCAGCCGCUGUUACAUGCCCGGUCUGGACCUGCUGGUGAAACUCCAAGCUUAUGAUCUCUCCCUCUCUCUCUCUCUCUCUCUCUCUCUCUCUGCUUUUGCAGGUGCAUAUGUGCACAUGUGAGUAUGAUAAUAUAACAAAGGGAUUGUAACAUUGUUUCAGAAGGUGGUGAUAAAUUGUUUGAACAAGAUUCACUAUGCUUCCAUUAUUUACAGUAUUGAUUUGUUCAUAA